AUGAAAUCUUUCUUAGGUGUGGAAACCGAUGCUGAUGGUGUUAUUGCAAACGCUCGUGCGCUAAGUGCAGUCUUCCGACUGAAGGAUAAUUUUCGACCAGAAAUCCUCAACGAAUUUUCCUCACAAUUCGCCAAAAAGAUGGCGGAACGCAAGGAAGCGCUGGAGAGAACAGUCAAUGUGGACAUCACUUGGUGGUCUCAUCAGGCCUUCAUGAAUGCGGUUACUGCAGGACUUCGAUGUACUCAUUAUCUAUUGAUUGCUUCAGCGUCGCUACUUAUCACUGCAUGUAUCGCGGCAAGUUUCGGCGUUAAUGGUUAUCAGGUCAGUUAA